AUGACAGGGUUUGGGGUCCUCACGCUGCUGCUGCCCGUCCUGCUGGGCUGGGCCAGCUGCCACCCUGUCCCUGGAAGGAAGAACUUCAACAAGCUGCUGCUGAUCUCCUUCGAUGGCUUCCGCUGGAACUAUGACCAGGAUGUGGACACCCCCAACAUGGACCGCCUGGCCCAGGAGGGCGUGAAGGCCAAGUACCUCACACCACCCUUCGUGACAAUGACGUCCCCAUCUCACUUCACCACCAUCUCAGGUCGCUGGAUUGAAGAUCAUGGAGUCAUUCACAACAUGAUGUUUAACACAGAGACACACUGGAAGUACUCCUUCAAGACCACACAGAAUAAGACUGAAUGGUGGGACAAUGGUGUUCUCCCCCUCUGGAUCACAGCCCAGAGACAGGGGAGGAAGACAGCAUCAUUCCACUAUCCUGGGGGAGGUGCAAAGUACAAAGGGGAGGCUGUCCAGCGGUCCCUGGUGGAGUCUCACACUCACCCAGACAGCAAUGAGACAGAGUGGAGGGAGAACAUAGAUAUUGUCAUGAACUGGUUCACUAAGGAAGACUUUGAUUUUGUGACUCUGUACUAUGGAGAGCCAGAUAACGUGGGACACAAAUUUGGGCCUGAGACGGAGAACAGAAGGGUGAUGAUUCAGCAAAUUGACAGAACCAUCGGGUACCUGGUGGAAGCCAUUAAAAGGCACAGCUUGACCAAGCACCUCAAUGUCAUCAUCACAUCAGACCAUGGCAUGACCACAGUAAAAAAGAGCCCCAAUGUCACUGAGAUCCUCUUGACAAACUACAUCAAGUUCAAGGACUUGGUCAAGUUUGAUAUCGUGGACUAUGGUGGCUUUGGGAUGAUCCUGCCCAAACCAGGGAAAGAGGAAGCUGUUUACCAAGCACUGAAGAAUGCACAUCCUCACCUCAAUGUGUACAAGAAGGAGGAAUUCCCAGAACGCUUCCAUUUUGCUAAACACAAGCGGGUGCUGCCAAUUGUGAUGUACGCUGACUCUGGUUAUAACAUCAAUGGGCAACUAAUAAUAUAUUUCAACAAAGGAGAUCAUGGCUUUGAUAAUGUCUACAUGGACAUGAAGACCAUAUUCAGAGCUUUUGGGCCAGAUUUCAAAAAGAAUCACCUAGCUGAGCCUUUUGACAGCAUCCACAUCUACCCACUCAUGUGUAAGCUCCUGGGGGUUACCCCUGAACCCCAUAACGGCUCCCUGGCAGUCACCCAGGAAAUGCUUGUGCAACAUGAGCACAAUGAGCAGCAGCAGCAGCAGCCAGAUUCAGAUCGGAGAUAUGUGGCCUUAUGA